ACCUGUUGUACAGCAUCACUUAUGACCUUUGGGAAAACACACUUCUGCAUAAUCAGUUGUUUAUUGCAGGAGAAGCAUGGAGGCUCAGACAUGAAGUGCCCUCUGACAGUGAAAAUCCUGGACGCAGUGAAAGGGACUCCAGCUGGAUCAUUAGCACUCAAGGUGUCUCAGAAGACCGCUGAUGGAGGAUGGAUUCACAUCGCCAACGGAGUGACAGAUGUCACCGGAGAGGUCCACAACCUAAUCACAGAGCAGCAGUUCCCCGCAGGAGUGUAUCGUGUUGAGUUUGAUACCAAGACCUACUGGAAGAGCGAGGGCAGUGUGCCGUUCCAUGAAGUAGCUGAGGUGGUGUUUGAGGCCCAUGCUGAGGGUCAUCGUCACUAUACCCUUGCCUUACUAAUCAGCCCGUCCUCCUUCACCACAACAGCAGUGAUCACAGACGUGCAUCAGUAAUACUUAUUCCAUUCUUAGUAAUAACAGAAAUUUAGUAGUAUAUGGUUGGGCAGAAUACAUCUAGAUUUUUUUUCCCUAGUUAAAUUUCAGUGCUGGUCCAAGGUAAUCAAAAAAUGUAGGCUACUAACAAAUUGUGUGUGUAUCAAGGGCAUAUCUUAUUCCUCUGUACCAUGGACUGCCUUUAUUGUAAAACAAAAAAAACAACAACUAAU